AUGGCGGCCAAGACGGCGGGCGGGGGGCGCUGGGAGGUGGUGAAGAAGGGCCGGCGGCCUGGGGCCGGCGGCGGCGGUCGAGGCGGCGGCGGGGACCGCCGGGCACUCGGAGAGGCGAACGGAGUGUGGAAAUACGACCUGACCCCUCCAAUCCAGACUACAAGCACCCUUUACGAACGGGGCUUUGAGAAAAUCAUGAAGCGACAGAACAAGGAACAGGUUCCACCCCCUGCUGUGGAGCCUCAGAAACCAGCAAACAAGAAGCAGCCAAACAAGAAGACAGCGACUCUCUCCAAACAAAACCAGAAGCAGGGUCGCUUCCGCAGCCUGGAGGAGGCUCUCAAAGCUCUGGAUGUGGCAGCUCUGCAGAAGGAACUGGACAAGAGCCAGAGUGUGUUCUCUGGGAACCCAUCCAUAUGGUUGAAGGACCUGGCCAGCUAUCUCAACUACAAGCUACAAGCUCCUCUAAGUGAGCCCACACUGAGCCAGCACACUCAUGAUUAUCCCUACAGCCUGGUGAGCCGGGAGCUACGUGGGAUCAUCCGAGGGCUACUGGCAAAGGCAGCAGGGUCUCUGGAGCUCUUUUUUGACCAUUGUCUGUUCACCAUGCUGCAAGAGCUGGAUAAGACACCAGGGGAGUCACUACAUGGUUACCGCAUCUGUAUCCAAGCCAUUCUGCAAGACAAGCCCAAGAUUGCCACCACAAACCUGAGCAAGUUCCUGGAACUGCUGAGGUCCCACCAGAGCCGACCAGCAAAGUGUCUGACCAUCCUGUGGGCCUUGGGUCAAGCAGGUUUUACCAACCUCACCGAGGGUUUGAAAGUGUGGCUGGGGAUCAUGCUGCCUGUGCUGGGCAUCAAGUCUUUGUCUCCAUUUGCCAUUGCAUACCUGGAUCGGCUGCUCCUGAUGUAUCCCAACCUCACCAAGGGCUUUGGCAUGAUUGGCCCCAAGGACUUCUUCCCACUUCUGGACUUUGCCUAUAUGCCCAACAACUCCCUGACACCCAGCCACCCUAGAUCUGAGACUUGCAACCUGGAAGUUCAAGGCCUGCAGGCGCAGCUGUGUCAGCUCUACCCCCGACUGAAGGUGCUGGCAUUUGGGGCGAAGCCAGAAUCCACCCUGCAUACCUACUUCCCUUCCUUUCUGUCCAGAGCCACCCCUAACUGUCCCCCCGAGAUGAAGAAAGAGCUCCUGGGCAGCCUCACCGAGUGCCUGACUGUGGACCCUCUCAGCGCCAGCGUCUGGAGGCAGCUAUACCCCAAGCACCUGUUGCAGUCCAGCCUACUGCUGGAGCACUUGCAUAGGACCUGGGAGCAGAUUCCUAAGAAGGUGCAGAAGUCUUUGCAAGAAACUAUUGAGUCCUUCAAGCUUGCCAACCAGGAGCUGCUAAGGAAGGGCAAUGGUAACAACCAGGAUGUCGUCACCUGUGAUGCGGCCUGCAAGGGUCUGUUGCAGCAGGCACGGGUCUCUCGGCUACCCUGGACACGGUUAGUCCUGUUGCUGCUGGUCUUUGCCAUAGCUUUCCUGUGCCAUGACCUCCGCUCUCACAGCUCUUUUCAGGCAUCCUUUGCUGGCCAGUUGCUUCAGUCGUCUGGUUUCCUGCCUGUUGGCCAACAAGCAUGUGCCACGCUCUACUCCUACAGCCUGCAAGGCUACAGCUGGGUAGAGGAGACAUUGCCAGCCUGGGGCUCCCAUCUGCUAACUGUGGUGAGGCCUGGCAUGCAGCUGGCCUGGGACUACACCAAUGCCACAGUCAGCUUCCUUUCUGCCCACUGUGCCUCCCACCUUGCCUGGUUCGGUGACAGCCUCACCAGCCUCUCUCAGAGGCUACAGAUCCAGCUCCCUGCCACCCUGAGCCAGCUGCUCCAUUAUCUGGGGGAGCUGCUCCUGCUUCUCUAUCAGAACAUACUGCUGCCAUUGUGGCACCUGCUGCUUGAGACCCUGGCCUGGGCCCAGGAGCACUGCCAUGAGGUGUGCAGAGGUGAGGUGACCUGGGACUGUGUGAAGACACAACUCAGUGAGGCUGCCCACUGGACCUGGCUCUGCCUGCGGGACAUCACCGUGGCUUUCUUGGACUGGGCAUUCACCAUGAUAUCCCAGCAAUAGGCCCUGCCUCCCUGGCAGGGGAGGCCAUUUGAGACUGCUUGGGGCAGAGGGUGGCAGUUUUGCAUGAGGUUCUUUUUUUACUUGGUGCCUGAGUUCUGUCUCCUAGGUAAGUGGCCUCUGCCCCAGUUCUUCCAUGUUUGGUGGGGACUGGGCCCAGAGGGAUCUCAUCCUGCCACCCACAAAUCCACUGAACACUUCUCUGAGCACAUGGCUCCCAACCUCCAUCCUCGGGCUGGUAGCCUCUCAAUUCUUCUCUUGCUCCUGCCCUCCACUUCCCUCUAUCUCGUUCCUCCAGCCCCAAAUAGCUCAUCUCUAAAAAGAUGGGAGUCCCGUGUGUGGAUUCUGCAUUCUUCUGACAAAUGAUCCUGCUCCAAGACUUUAGCAGCCUACUGUCCCAUUCUUGGUCACAACUUUAGCCGCAGUGGAAAAAGGAAAGGGACCUCCAGAAGAUCCAGAAGAAUAUAGCAGCACAGUGGACAACAGCAGCUUUACCUCUACCUGCAGACUGGGUGUCGCUGUCAGUGGACUUAGGGGACUGGGUGGAAAUGCUUCUCACCUCAAAACACAGGACUUCAGCCCUUUGAGGCCCCUCAUUGCUCUCACCAUCAUAAUCCUACCUUGACUCUCCUUUCCCCUUCAUGCUGGGGGGCUGUGCCUGAAGGCUCAGCUCCUUUCUGCUGCCCAUGCCAUCAUCCAUCUGGAGAGCAGAGCCCAGGCAUUUGUGUGCUUCGGGCCCAGGAAACUUCCACCAGUCUGUUGAGACAAGACUCGGCAUAUGGUUGGGUAUGCCUACUAGGAAUAAAG